UAGACAAAGCGGUCGCCGCCCCCGCCCGGCCCCCUGAUCUCUGUCUCCGUCCCUCCUCCUUUGCUGCCUCUUUCCCUCCUCCUCUCCCUCCUCCUCCCCUCCCUCCAGUCUCCGGAUCUCCCUCGGUCCCUCUCUCCUCCUCUUCCUCUCUCUGGACGCCCGGCUCCUCCGCACCCCCUCCCAGGGGGGCCCCACGGCGUGUGAGUUGACUGAGGGGCUUAGACUUGGGGAGGGGGUGUCUCCUCGCUCCCGUCCCUGGCCCGGACCUUGGCUGUCUCCUCUUUGUGCCGAGAUUGUCAGUCUGUGCAGCCAGAGCGGGGUGGAGACAGCUGGCUCUGUCACGGCUCCAUGAGAGCGGGGACCGGGCAUGGGACUCGCAGGCGCUGGAGAGAAGAGGCAUGGAGCCGGCCCUCGGCACUCCGGGGUCGCCGGGCGCAGACGGCGGGGGAGGCAGGCGUGCUCCCUACCCUCACCUCAAGGCGACCAUGACCACCAUCCCAGACUGGAAGCUACAGCUGUUAGCCCGGCGCCGGCAGGAGGAGGCGUCCGUUAGAGGCCGGGAGAAGGCAGAACGGGAGCGCCUAUCCCAGAUGCCAGCCUGGAAGCGAGGGCUUCUGGAGCGCCGCCGGGCCAAGCUUGGGCUGUCCCCUGGGGAGCCUAGCCCUGUGCCAGGGACUGCAGAAGCCGGACCUGCAGACACAGAUGAAUCUGCGGUCCUUCAGGAGGCCAUCGGGCCAGUGCACCAGAACCGAUUCAUCCGGCAGGAGCGGCAGCAGCAGCAGCAACGGAGUGAAGAGCUGCUAGCUGAGAGAAAGCCUGGAUCUCUGGAGGCCCGGGAGCGGAGACCCAGCCCUGGGGAGAUGCGGGAUCAGAGCCCCAAGAGAAGAGAGUCAAGAGAAGAGAGACUAAGUCCCAGGGAGACCAGAGAGAGGAGGCUGGGGAUAGGGGGAGCCCAAGAGUCGAGCCUGAGGCCUCUGGAGGCUCGGGACUGGAGGCAAAGCCCAGGAGAGGCGGGAGACAAGAGCUCCCGACUGUCAGAGGCACGGAAAUGGAGGCUGAGUCCUGUAGAAACUCCAGAGCGGAGUCUGAGACUAGCAGAGUCUCGAGAGCAAAGCCCCAGAAGAAAAGAGGUGGAAAGUAGACUGAGCCCAGGGGAAUCUGCCUACCCGAAGUUGGGCCUGACAGAGGCCCAUAAAUGGAGACCUGACUCCAGAGAGUCUCAGGAACAGAGUUUGGUACAACCAGAGGCAACAGAGUGGAGGCUGAGGUCAGGAGAAGAAAGAAAAGGCUACUCAGAAGAAUGUAGGAGAAAAGAAGGGAGGCCAGUUCCAGGGGUGGCCCCAGAAGAGACUACAGAGCUGUCAGAGACCCUGACAAAGGAGGCCCAAGGCAGCAGUUCUGCAGGAGUGGAGGUUGCAGAACAGAGGCCUAUGGGAGACAGUGAGAGGGGCAUGAAGCCAACAGAAGGGUGGAAAUGGACCCUGAACUCUGGGAACGCUCGAGAAUGGACACCCAACGACAACGAGGCUCAAACUCAGAAACCAGAACCUCCAGAGUCAGUGGAAAAGCGUCUGGAGCCUCCCGGUGUGGAAGCUGGAGAAGGGGAGGCUGAGAAGGAGGAGGCGGGAGCUCAGGGCAGGCCUCUGAGAGCCCUGCAGAACUGCUGCUCUGUGCCCUCCCCCCUCCCACCAGAGGACGCUGGGACUGGAGGCCUGAGACAGCAGGAAGAAGAAGCAGUGGAACUCCAGCCCCCACCACCAGCCCCUCUAUCUCCCCCACCCCCAGCCCCAGCUGCCCCCCAACCUCCUGGGGAUCCCCUCAUGAGCCGCCUGUUCUAUGGGGUGAAAGCAGGGCCAGGGGUGGGGGCCCCCCGCCGCAGUGGACACACCUUCACCGUCAACCCCCGGCGGUCUGUGCUCCCUACGACUCCCCCAGCCACCCCAGCCUCUCCAGCCACAGCUGAUGCUGCAGCCCUGGGGGCUGGGAAGAAGCGGUACCCAACUGCCGAGGAGAUCUUGGUUCUGGGGGGCUACCUCCGUCUCAGCCGCAGCUGCCUUGCCAAGGGGUCCCCCGAAAGACACCACAAACAGCUUAAGAUCUCCUUCAGCGAGACAGCCCUGGAGACCACGUACCAAUACCCCUCCGAGAGUUCGGUACUGGAGGAGUUGGGCCCGGAGCCUGAGGUCCCCAGUUCCCCCAACCCCCCAGCAACCCAACCCGACGAUGAAGAGGAUGAGGAAGAGCUGCUGCUGCUGCAGCCAGAGCUCCAGGGCGGGCUUCGCACCAAGGCCCUGAUUGUGGAUGAGUCCUGCCGGCGGUGACCAUCUUCCAAUAUAGGGAUAUACGUCCCUCCUUCCUAUAACUGAAGAUCCUGGAGCCUGGAAGAUUCAGGGCAGACAGACCCUAAUAAUGAGCCUGGCAGGGAAGGGCAACCACCGUCUUCUAACUUGCUUUCCCCACCCUGUUUCUGGGGGCAGAGCCAAUUGCCCAAUUUCUACCCUAAUCCGAAAUCCCUAGUGUGGGUGGGGUUAAACGUGCUGGUGCAUCCUAGGUGAUCCAAGAGUGAGCACCAAGUCCUGAGAAGGAGCACGGAACUCCCGGAGGGUGGAGAUGGAGCACCUGCCCCCGCCCCCGUGGCAGGGUAUGCUCUUCCCAUAGCCUUCCUCCCCACCAUCCCGUGGGGGAUCUCAGGAUUUAAGCACUCGUUUCUCUGGGAGGCCCAGACCCCAUUCCAUUUAUAGACACAUCUCCUUUAUUUCCUAAGUCACUGCCCCUUUGUUUACAGUUCCUGCCUCCUGUCUUGACCACAGCCUGGUUUACAAAUUCCACCAGCUCCCAGCUCCACCUGCCAAAGUCCCAGGUUUACAAGCCACGCUUACUUGCUGUGUCUGCGUGGAAUUCUCUCCUCUGUCCCCUCUUAUCUCCUCAUUGGAGUGGCCUGAAGGUGCGGCUUCCUCCACUUUUUCUCAGUAUUACUUUGCCUCAGUUUUCCCCAAGAGGGAAGGCUGGAAAUCUUAACUCUGUAUCCCUUGAUAGUUAUUUAAUUCUGUUUCUCCUAGUGGUUCACAAUUGAACUGAACUGAGAUGGUGUGGGGUGGUGAAGGAGACACCUCACCUCUCCUCUCCCAUUGUGCCUCCUUUAUCAAUUGCCUGUUUUGUUUUGUUUGUUUUUUAACUUUCCAUAAUAAAAUGGAGUUUUCU